AUGCCUCAGCUAAACGGUCAGGAAGUCGGCAACAUCGGCUACGGCCUCAUGGGCCUCACCUGGCGCCCUCAGCCCUGCUCCGAAGAACAGGCCUUCGAGGCUAUGCGCGCCGCGCUCAAGAACGGCAACAACUUUUGGAACGGCGGAGAAUUCUACGGAACCCCCGAGUACAACAGCAGCGUCCUGUUGGAGCGCUAUUUUGCUAAGUUCCCCGAGGACGCCGACAAGGUCGUCCUGAGCAUGAAGGGCGGUGUCAACCUCAAGAACCUGCACCCGGACGGCUCGCCCGAGGGCGUCCGCCGCUCCCUCGACAACAUUAUCAAUCAACUCAAAGGCCGCAAGAAGGUCGACAUGUUCGAGUGUGCGCGCCGCGACAAGAACACGCCCCUUGAGAUUACCUUUGGCGUCAUCCAGAAGGAGUACAUCGACACGGGCAAAGUCGGGGGCAUUUGCCUCUCCGAGGUCUCUGCCGCGACGAUCCACGAGGCUGUCAAGCACGCCAAGAUCGUCGGCGUCGAGGUCGAACUCAGCCUCUUCUCGACCGAAAUCCUCACCAACGGCGUCGCCGCCGCAUGCGCGCAAUAUGGCAUCCCCAUCAUCGCCUACUCGCCUGUCGGCCGCGGCAUGCUCACUGGUCAGGUCAAGACGCUCGACGACAUCCCUCAUGAUGACAUGCGUCGCCACAUGCCGCGGUUUCAACCCGACACAUUCGGUAUCAACAUCAAGCUUGUCGAACAAGUCGAGACGCUGGCAAGGAAGAAGGGCGUCACACCGGCGCAGCUGGCCAUUGGUUGGACGGUGGCGCUGUCGAGGCGGCCCGGCAUCCCCAUGAUCGUUCCGAUUCCCGGCGCCACGACGGCGGAUAGAGUCAACGAGAACGCGAAGUUGGUGGAGCUUACCGAUGAGGAGAUGGCCGAGAUCGACGCGACGUUGGCCAAGUUCGAAGUCGUGGGCGGGCGCUACCCUGAGGGUGCUCCCGUCAACACCUAA